CUGAACCUUGUGGGUUUUGUUGUUAUUGUUUUUAACCCCCUUGUGAAGGGAAGAUCGUAACCCCGAUAGAGUAGGUGUUUCUAACCAGACUCUAGCGCUUUGAGCUGCAGCUAAUCGAGGACUUGGGAAGGUAUCUGGCACCAAUUCUGGCCCUGUCAUUUGUGGUCCAUGGCUCUUGUGGUCUGCUGAAGAUUUCCAGGCAGCUUCUGUGACACGCCUCCCUGUUCAGCUGUAGUCAAGCACCAUAGGAACAGGAAGUUGCUUGGUCAGACGUGUGACUGUGCUCUGACUGCCAAAAAGAUCAGUACUGACACCGGAAUGGCGGCCACUCUCAAGCUGUUAAAACCUGUAAAAUACCAAGCAUUUUGCAGUCCUUUCACCUAUAUUGCAACCCAAAGUAUGGCAUUUUGGAAAAUGGAAAACAGCACACAGCAUGGGGGACAGAACCUUCCUGAACACAGUAGCUUCUGCCAUCCUGCCAGAAAAGUUAAGAACACUGGUAGCACCACCUUGUCUCAAAGAGUCUUCACAACCAGCAGUGCCCUCCUGGGUUUGGAAUUCAACAAAGCUUCUACCAUUAAGGCCAGCAGGUUACAUCCGGGCUCAUCUAGUUCCAUAAAACUUAAUGAAGAAGACGUAGAAGUUUUUGAUUCCUUUGAAGGCACUCGAGUUUUCUUAAAACUUAGGCCAGAAUACCAGCUUCACAGCUACAACAGAUCUGAGACUCGGCAGCCCCUGUCUGUUUCUGAUGGUGAACUAAUUUUGCAUAAAGUCACAGUUUAUCAAAAUGACCUCCAGCCUGAAGUCAUCACUAAUUAUUUUUGUAAGCUGAGCUCUUUGCCAGUAGAACAGCAUUCCAUUUUGCUGUCCAGUGCCAGGUUUGCUUUGCUCUGCCAACUGAGUGUGAAAAACAUACAGCUCUUUGAUACCCCAAAUCUGAUCAGUAUUUUGAAAGCUUUUGUUGAUUUAAGAAUCCCUCACUCCUCUUCAAUGGUAGAUGUGUAUGAAACCAGAUUUUGUCAUCAGGUAUGGGAGAUGAGUCUGGAUCAACUUCUCUUGGUGGCUGAUCUUUGGAGGAACUUAGGCCGCCGAGUGCCUCGGUUUUUAGAAAUUUUUUUUAGUUAUCUUAAUUUGCAUUGGAAAGAUCUAUCCUUGUCCCAGCUGAUUCACUUAAUUUAUAUUAUAGGUGAAAAUCGUCAGGUACCACAGGACCUAAUGCAAAAACUAGAAUCCCUGAUCCUUAAGUAUAUAGAUUUGAUUAAUUUAGAGGAGGUUGGUACAAUCUGUUUGGGAUUUUUUAAGUCAAGUAGCGGUCUCUCUGAGUUUGUCAUGCGGAAAAUUGGAGAUUUGGCUUGUGCUGACAUGCAGCAUCUGAGCAGUCAUGCCUUAGUUCACAUUCUCAAAAUGUUCCGUUUCACUCAUAUAGAUCAUGUAACUUUCAUGAGGCAGUUUGGAGAGAUUGCUCCUCAGCGAAUUCCUUCCCUGGGGGUUCAGGGUGUUAUGCACCUGACUCUUGCCUGCUCCGCCUUACGCACCCUGGAUGAAGGAGUAAUGAAUGCAGUAGCUGCCUCUUUGCCUGCUAGGGUAGCACACUGUCGAAGUAAGGAUAUUGCCAAAAUUCUGUGGUCAUUUGGAACUCUGAAUUAUAAACCACCCAACACAGAAGAAUUUUAUUCCAGCCUGAUGAAUGAAAUGUACAGAAAGAUGCCUGAAUUCAAUCAAUACCCAGAACAUCUGCUUACCUGCCUGCUAGGCUUGGCAUUUUCAGAGUACUUUCCAACAGAGUUCAUCAGUGUAGCUCUGAGUCCAGAGUUUGUCAGGUUAGCUCAGGAGAGAAGUAAAUUUGAACUUAGUAAGGAACUCUAUACUCUUGAUGGAACAGUUGGCAUUGAGUGUCCAGACUACAGAGGCAGUCGUCUUAAUUCCGACCUUCAGCAAGAGGUGUCUUCGAAGCUGUGGAACUUAGCAAGGAGGGAUAUGAGAGCAAAGCCUGAAUUCCUUGAAGCUCUCUAUUUACUUGAGACCAUGUUAGGUGGCCCCCAGUACAUCAAGCACCAUAUGAUUUUGCCUCAUACCCGAUCUUCUGAUUUAGAGGUCCAGCUCGAUGCUUACAUGAAGCCAUUACCAUUUAACAGUGAAGUGACACCAGCUGAAGAUGUAGCUGAACUAAGAUUUAAGCAUGUGGGAGUCAGCCUUACAGAUGAUUUGAUGAAUCAGUUGCUAAAGGGGAAAGCAAAGGAGUAUUCCCUGGGAGAAACUGAGACUGGCCAGUCACCCAUGGAGUUAGAAAAGAAGGCAACCAUACCCUUAGUGGGCUCUGCUUGUAAUGUGACAUCGGAUAGAUCUGGGGCUGGCCCGUGUCCUCUAGCCCACAUGCAGCCUCCACUAGUGAAGCUAGCUAUUCAGUUGACAAACAAGAACCAAUAUUGUUAUGGUUCCAGGGAUCUGCUUGGACUGCACAGUAUGAAGAGGCGGCAGCUGAUUCGAAUUGGGUACCGCGUGGUAGAAUUAACCUAUUGGGAAUGGCUUCCAUUACUGAAACGAACUCGCUUAGAGAAGCUGGCGUACCUCCAUGAGAAAGUGUUCACCUCUGCUCUCUGAAGGGCCCUCAUGGGCAUUUGUACUCAUAAAAGCUAUAGGUAUACACAAUACACCUGUCGGUUGAGCAUCCCUAAUCAGAAAAUCAGUCAGAAGUGUUCCAAAGUCUGAAACUUUUGAGCACUGACAGAUUCAGAUUAGAGUUACCUAAAUAGUAGUCAAUGCAGACAUCCCAAACUGAAACACUUCUAAUUCCAAAUGUUUCAGAUAGGGAUUCUCAACCCAUUUUUCAAAAUAAUUAUAAAAGCCAGAGUAUAAAUUGGAUAAUAAAACCAUCUGUUGAGUAGACAACAGGUGUUCUCUUGCCUAUGGCAGAUUGUAGCUAUUGUAUGGUACCAAAAAUGACUUGUAACCUAAUACCAGUAGCAAGUUUCUGCUAGUUUGUAUAUUUUGCCCAGAAUAAAUAAGCAUGUUCAAAAUGUC